AUGGGUGAUCUCUGUGCCAUGUGGGAUGUCGCGGUGGGUCCCAACAAGACGGUGAUCGGUCACACAGAGGACACGGCGGGCCUCGCCAGUCUAAUUGGCACUGCACUGGCGUUGAGGAACCAAACCAUGCUGCUGAACUUACAUUUCCAAAACCUCUGCCCCAAGGUCGCCCUGUAUUUCGAUCACCUGGAGAUUUCGACCGCUCGGAAGCUGUGGCUGGUGGCCGAGGGCCAGGUCCGAAGGGCAAGUGUCAACAGUUUCGGCUUCGGGGGGCGCGGGGGGGGGGGGGCAACUCCCACUGCAUUCUGGAGGAGUCCAUUGCCCCGGACAAGGCAGUGCCCGCGGAUAGCUAGCUCUACACCCCACUGGUGUCCUCAGUCGCUGCAGAGAAACCCUUGCGGAUGUCUCUUGGUGGUAAAGGAUGCGGUUGAGCAGGAGGCUGCGUGGGUGAAGAAGGACGAGAAGGAGAGUACAGACGGCGAGACAAAAAAGUCAAGCUCAUUACCCUCUCUGACAGCCAACAGCGGCUCGGGUAGUCCGUUGCUCACUCCUGGCGCAUCAGAUCUCGAGUCGGUGGGGACUGUCCCCCCGGUGCAGGAAUGCUUUACGGGAAGCAAGGAAGAUAUGGUGGGCGUCCGGGUGGAGGAGCACGGGUUCUUUCAGUGGACGUUUAGUCAGCCAAGGGGAUGA